AUGGAGUCGCAUCUGAUCAACAAAAACGGCGACCACGACGCGACGGAGGAGAAUCCGGUGAAUCAUCAACGAUUUGAGUCUCAGUCGCAAUCUCCUCCGCUUCAACCGGAAAGCCGUCACAGAGUCGUCGACGAACAGAGUCUAUUUCGCUUCCCGAAUGGUGUUGAUCUGCAAACCCUAGCAUCUUCUUUGGGUAACCUCUCUGUUCGCGAUCCAACUGUUCGUCAGCAGAAUCCUUCACUUUGGAGCAAUGGAUCGUCGUCGUCUUCACCGAUCAAUGGCGGUGGUUCUGCUGGUGGUGGUGGUGGUUAUUGGCCUCGUUCUCCUCCGUAUCCUCACCGUGAAACAGAUUCGCAACAGUUGAUGAUGAGUGAAUACUUGCAGACACUAUCGAUUCAGAACGAUUAUGUUAAUGGAGGAUCCUUGAAUGGUUUCUUAAGUGGAGGAGAUCUGCGAGAGGUUCCUUAUCUCUCAAGGAACCGUUUCUUGGAUCAGAGCCGUCACCACAAUGGCUUUGGCUCGAUUGUUUCGCUCGCUAAAGAACGAGAUUCAAGCAACGAGUUGCAAAAGAAGAUCUGUGUUGGUUCCAAGGAGACGAUUGAUAUUGUUUUCAACGAAGUCGUCUUCCACACUUGUGAGCUGAUGGUGGACCCUUUUGGCCACCACGUAUUUCAGAGGCUGAUGGAGAGAUGCAGCAAUGAACAAAUCAGCCAGGUGCUUGAUUUGGUCACUCAGCACCGGCCUCGGUUUGUAACCGUAUGCACUGAUCCUAUCGGAACCCGAGCGAUGCAAUCCCUGAUGAAGUGUCUAUGUACCGAGGAUCAAAUCUUGAGCAUCGUGGGAGCUGUAAGCAUGGCAGCACUUACACUCACAAGGAGCAACAAUGCCAAACAUGUGAUUCUGCUAUGCUUUAACGAGUUUUCUCCAUCGCAGAAUCGGAUUCUUCUUGAGGUUAUCGCUCGGAAUUGUUACCCGAUAGCAAUUGAUCAACAUGGCUGCUGCAUGCUUCAGCAAUGUCUUGACAUUAAUUGUAAUGUGCUAAAGCAACGUUUGAUUCGCGAGAUAAUUGCUAACUCGUUGAGACUCUGCGUGAACUGCUACGGGAACUACGUGGUGCAGUAUGUAGUGGAGCUAGAAAAUCCAAGUGUGACAAUUCAGCUCGUGAGGCACCUUGUUGGGAGCUAUGCAUACCUCUCCCGCAACAAAUAUGGAAGUCAUGCUGUGCAGAAGCUCUUGAAUAUACAGUAUAUCGACACUAGUAGAGUGAUUUUAUUCGACUUGCUAAGUGAUAGAGAUAUUGAUACACUUCUUACAGACCCGUUUGGAAACUAUGUCAUUCAAACCGCAUGGGCUGUGUGUAAGGACUAUAAUUUGCGAAGCAUCUUGGUGGAGCAUAUACGGCUUAACAAACCAUUGAUGAGGUGCAACAGGUUUGGGAAUAAAAUUCUGGAGAAACUCAGUCUCUAG